AUGAACGCGCUGGGUUUCUGCAGUGACUCCAGCGCCGCAGCCCUCCCCCUCCACGCGGUCAACGCCAUGUUGUUUGACCUUCACCAGCAGGUGGCGCAGCAGCACCAUGUUUACCCCGCAGCGCAGAGGCCCGGCGCGCACACGCUGUCUGUGGCGGAGAGGCUGGCUGAGCUGCUCCUGGAGGCGAGGUACGGCAGCCCACAGAAGCAGAGGCGCAGUCGUACCGCCUUCUCUGUAUCGCAGCUUCAGGCUCUGGAAACGGCCUUCACUCAGACUCAGUAUCCGGACGUGAGCAUGAGAGAGAAGCUGGCCCUCUGCACCAACCUGCCUGAGGCCCGCAUCCAGGUUUGGUUCAAAAACAGAAGAGCCAAGUUCCGUAAGGGCCAGAAGUCCUCUCCUCUCUCCAAUGAUCUCAGUUUGGAUGAAGCACCUUCCCAACCCAGCAAAAUGGCUCCUUUUGCUGGUUUCAGACACUCACCUCCCCAGCAGUUGUCUGUUGGAGGAAUGCUGAGAGCAGAGCUGCCCCUGCCCCCGAUGUUGUGGCCCUUUGUGCAUCCCCAGAGGUCCGCCUUGGGGCCUUCACUGUCAUCCAUCACUAAAAACUGUAGCUUUUCCAUUCACACUCCCUCAGCUAACAAGGCCUACCCUCACCUGGGGCUGUAA